AUGUUCGCUUUGUGGUAUUUAUCAUUGGCCGUCGAUGAGUUGCGAAAACGUUUUGGUUGGACAUUCUUUGAUAUUUUUUAUAAGACAAACAAGACUGAUACCCUUGCCUUAGAUAACAAACCCGCUAAUGUGGCCACACCCAAACCCGCUGAACCGGCUCAACCUAGUGCUUCGAAGCCAGCGCCUAUAGUAACACCAAAAGUCAAUCCUACACCGGCACCAGCACCAAAACCUGUUCCUGCACCCGUUCCUGCUCCAGUUUCAAAACCUGAAGCUCCAAGGCCGGCACCUGUUGUUGAACCACCCAAACCUGUAGCUGCACCUGUUGUUGAACCACCCAAACCUGUUGCUGCACCUGUUGUUGAACCACCCAAACCUCCCCCCAAAAACAAUUGA